AUGUCCCCCUAUUGCAAACAAAUUCAGAGUACACUGACAGUGCUUCUGUUUCUGAAAAGCAAAACACAGAGGAUACUUUCAGAAAUCAUGAAGCUAUUGGCUUUCGGUUUAGUCUUAUUGAGCUUCUUACAAUCUUUUGCUACAUCUGACUACCAAGUUGCAGCAUUGUAUGAAAUGAGGAUGCAGCUCAGUGAUGAUGGUGGUGUCCUAAAAGACUGGAAGGAUAAUCAAAUGACCCCCUGCAAUUGGACUAACAUUGAUUGUCAAGACAACAAAGUUAUCGCAAUAACUUUGAGCUCAAGCAGCUUAGUUGGAAUCUUAUCUCCAAGCAUUGCAAAGAUAACAACUUUACAACAAUGGCCUAAAACUAAAAGUAAUGUUUGGAUCUUGGUUGUUGUUUCUUCUCUACUUGGAGUUGCUUUGUGCAUCAUCUUUUGCUUUGGACCAAUCGUGUUCAGAAGCCUCAGCAAAGGUCAGAUACGGAAUUUUGUGCUACUUAGCAAACAGAGAGUAAGGGAUAGAUCAAAUGUGAUUGUGCACCGAGAUGUAGAGCUAGUAUGGGAAACAGAAGGGAACAAUCCAGAUUUCACAUUUUUCAAUUAUUCACAAGUUUUGGAUGCUACAAAUGACUUCUCGGUAGAAAAUAAACUUGGGCAAGGUGGCUUUGGUCUUGUUUACAAGGGCCGGCUUCCUGAUGGGUUGGAGAUAGCAGUUAAAAGACUUGCUUCGCAUUCUAUGCAAGGUUUCAGAGAGUUUAGAAAUGAAGUCCAGCUCAUAGCAAAGCUCCAGCACAGAAAUUUGGUUAGGUUGUUGGGAUAUUGCUCCCAUGGGGAGGAAAAAAUGCUGGUCUAUGAAUAUAUGAAGAAUAAAAGCUUAGAUUUCUUCAUAUUCGAUGAAAAAAGAAGAACCUUACUAAAUUUGGAUAAACGACUCGUGAUAAUCGAAGGGAUUGCACAAGGACUUUUAUAUUUGCAUAAACACUCUCGGUUACGGGUUAUACAUAGAGAUGUCAAAGCAAGCAAUAUUCUCUUGGACCACGAAAUGAAUCCUAAGAUUUCUGAUUUUGGGAUGGCAAAAAUGUUUAGCUCAAAUGAUAAUGAAGGAAACACAGAAAGGGUUGUUGGCACAUAUGGUUACAUGGCUCCAGAGUAUGCUUCCGAAGGCCUUUUCUCUACAAAAUCUGAUGUAUUUAGCUUCGGUGUGUUAAUUCUUGAGAUUAUCACUGGAGAAAGAAAUUCAGGUUUCUAUUACCAUGGAAACUUCCUAAACCUACUUGGAUACGCAUGGAAGCUAUGGAAAGAGCAAAGAUGGCCUGAACUUGUGGAUAUAUCAUUGGCUACAAAUGGUUGUACACUAGAGAUGAUGAGGUGCAUCAACAUUGCGUUGCUAUGUGUGCAAGAGAAUGUGAUUGAUAGGCCUACCACGUCAGACGUAGUUGCAAUGCUAGGCAGUGAGGACAUGGCCCUGCCUAAGCCCAAGCACCUGUGA